AUGCACCGAUGGAUCAAUACGUCGUUAUACCUGUACAUGCUAAUUGAUGCAGCUAUCACUAACGUCUCAUUUGGGUAUUUUGCUCCAGGAUGGAAGUUCAAUUAUGACUCAUUUUUGGGCAUCAUCACGUUCUCCCUUCCUUAUCACUUCACAACAACUCCAUACGAAUUUCAAAUCUUCUCAUUCAUACGACAAUCAUUUUGUGCUAUCGCGGUUCUUCUCAUUAUUCUCAACAAGAGGGAAAAAGUUAAAGUUUUGUUUCCUGUGGUGAUUUGCAAUGCAGUAGUCGUCUACUCAUUAUCUCUCAUCAAAUUUCUGGCUUUCUCCGAGGACUCGAAUCAACUAUACUUCCCCGGAUUGUGGUUUUCUGUCAUUUGGUCUAUUCUUUCCGGAUUCAUUCAAGUUCUUGUUUGGUACUUCGUUUUCACUUCAAAUCCUUUCGAUUAUCAUCGAUUGUUAAAUACAACUGCCGAAAAUGCUGGCACUUCUGUAACGGAGACUGCAGCUGAAACAGUGAGGGAUACGGAAACUGCAAGUAAUGUUGAAAGUGGAUCCUCAACUGCGCCCAGAGCUCCACUACACAAAGUACUCCUCCGUCUUCUCUCGUACUGUGGACAUCAAUGGCCGUGGUUUGCGAGUGGUUUUGUCUUUCUUACGGUUUAUGCUUUAGCUCGUGUCUUCAUCCCCAACUACACAGCCCAAGUAAUCUCUGAUAUUGUGAACAAACGUGGAAUCCAAGCACUUAUUCACUCCAUCAUCGUUCUCACAUGCCUCACUGCUACAAGUUCUCUGUUUGGAGGUCUUCGUGGUGGAUGCUUUGACUACGCCACUGCUCUUGUUACACUUCGAAUUCGGUUAGAUCUGUUCACCUCCUUGAUUAGGCAGGAUAUUGCAUUUUAUGACACCGCAAAAACAGGAGACACGAUGUCUAGACUCACUUCUGAUUGUCAAACGAUCUCUUCUACAGUUUCUACCAAUGUGAAUGUGUUUAUGAGGAAUGGAGUUAUGCUGAUCGGUGCACUUGCAUUCAUGAUCCUUAUGUCCUGGCGUCUUGCAAUGGUUACAUUCAUCGCUGUUCCUCUCGUAGGAUUCAUCACAAAAGCUUACAGCAGUUUCUACGAUAAAAUCUCCGAAAAACUACAACAAACAAUUGCUGAAACGAAUCAGAUGGCCGAAGAAGUUGUUUCGACGAUGCGAACUGUGAGAAGUUUUGCGUGCGAGAAGAAAGAGCUGAAAAGAUUCGAAGAUCGUCUCUCGAGUACACUAUCCGUCAAUAGAAAGAAGUCAAUUGCCUACUUGUUCUAUACAUGGAAUAACGAGUUCUGUGACAACGCGAUACUUGUUGCUGUUUUGUUUUAUGGAGGACAUCUUGUGAUGACGGGUAAAAUGGAAAAAGAACAACUCAUCACAUUCCUUCUGUAUCAAAUGCAACUCGGUGAAAAUCUUUACUACCUUUCCUAUGUAAUGUCUGGUCUAAUGGAAGCUGUCGGUGCAUCAAGGAAAGUUUUCGAUUUGAUGAAUCGCAAGCCGCAAUUUGAAUUAGACGGAAUGCAGAGGCCGUUUGUAAAUGGAAACAUCACAUUCUCUCACGUCGGAUUCACUUAUCCAUCUCGUCCGAACAACCCGGUUCUAAAAGAUUUGACUCUUAGUAUUAAAUCAGGUGAAACAGUUGCACUUGUUGGUCCAAGUGGAGGAGGAAAGUCAUCAAUUGUAUCGCUUAUCGAGCACUUUUAUGAACCGGACGAAGGAUCUGUUACUCUUGAUGGCGUUCCGAUCAAGGAUAUUAAUCAUGUCUACUACCAUCAAAAGGUUGCAUUAGUAGCACAGGAACCAGUUCUCUACAAUGGAUCUGUACGACAUAACAUCCUUUAUGGAUGUGAUUUUGCUACUGAAGAUGACAUGCUCAAUGCUUCCAAGAUGGCGAAUGUGCAUGAUUUUGUGAUGGAAUUGGAGAAAGGAUAUGACACUAAUUGUGGAGAGAAAGGAGUUCAGAUGAGUGGAGGACAGAAACAAAGAAUUGCGAUUGCACGAGCAUUGGUUCGUAAUCCAGCUGUAUUGAUUCUUGACGAAGCAACCAGUGCACUAGAUACAGAAUCCGAGGCUUUAGUUCAACAAGCCUUGAGUAGGUGUGCUCAAGAACGAACUGUUAUCAUAGUUGCUCAUCGUUUGUCUACUAUCGAGAAGGCUAAUAAAAUUGCUGUCAUAGUCAAAGGAUGCCUCGUUCAGAUGGGAACACACACCGAACUUAUGACAGACACAGACGGAAUGUAUUACUCAUUGGUGUCUCGUCAAAUGCUGAGUGCUAAAGUUGGAGAAGAUUAAAUCCAUUUAUUUAUGUCCAGUACAAGACGACCGUUCAUAUCUUCUUAGUCAUUUUCUUUCAGCCGGUGUACUCUUUGUUCAAUUUUCUCUUUCUUGGUGCAACCUUUAUUCACGUGUAUCUUCUCCGAGCUUGUUUGCAUAUUUUUUUUUUGAAAUUUCAUGUGCUAAUUUAUUCAUGUCAUUUUUGAAGUUAAACUCUUCACAUUUCAUAAUAAAUAUUUAUUGAACCCGUUUG